CGAAUCUCCCACACAAGCUAGUUUACAAUGGGGUUCGACCUGAAAAUCCGCCUUCGCAGCUAUUUUGAUAAGUAUAACCCACUGAUCGGUGCCUUUAAGUCCAUAUGGACGGUCUACAGAUCCACCGACCAUGAACCGGGGAUCUCAGUCCAGCGCCGCGCGUUCGCGCAGUGGUUCACGGAAGUUGCACCGCACUUCAUCGCUUUCGAGGACACAACCUCCCUGCCCGCGCUCGCGGCCGCCGCCCACGGCACCGUCCUCGAGCUCGGCCCCGGAUCAGGCAACCAGCUGCACCGGUACAAGACCGACCAGAUCACCACUAUCUACGGCGUGGAGCCCAACGCGGCGUUCCGCGAUGCGCUGACCACCCGGAUCGAGGCGCUGCAGCUGGACGCCCUGUACGUGCCGGUGUUCUACGAUGUCAUGGACACCACGGCCCUCGAGAGGCACGGGCUCGUCACGGAGAGCGUCGACUGCGUGACUAGCUUCGGGGUGCUGUGCUCCGUCGAGCACCCGGAGGAGGUGGUCGCCCAGCUCUGGCGGUUGCUGAAGCCCGGCGGCGAGUUGGUCGUCUGGGAGCACGGGGCGAGUGAGGACUGGGUUACCUGGGCCGUGCAGAAGGUCUGGAAUCUGGUGUGGCCCGUGGCGUUGGAUGGGUGUCGGUUGGAUCGCCCGAUAGCCGAUAUCCUCUUCAAGUCGGCGGAUUGGGAGGUUGUGGAGCUGCGGUCCGAGGGGGAGAAGUGGAGUAUGAUGCCUCGGGUCUCGGGGAUAUUGAGGAAGGUGCAGCGUGGAUGA